CGGGAGGCGGGCGGCGCGCGAGGAGGCUGAGCGAGCGGCGGGCGCGGCGGGCCAGGAUGGAUUUCCAGCAGCUGGCUGACGUUGCGGAGAAAUGGUGCUCCAACACGCCCUUCGAGCUCAUCGCCACCGAGGAGACCGAGCGCAGGAUGGAUUUCUACGCCGACCCCGGCGUCUCCUUCUACGUGCUGUGUCCGGACAACGGCUGCGGGGACAAUUUUCACGUGUGGAGCGAGAGCGAGGACUGCCUGCCUUUCUUGCAGCUAGCACAGGAUUACAUCUCCUCCUGCGGCAAGAAGACGCUCCACGAAGUCUUGGAAAAAGUCUUCAAGUCUUUCAGACCUUUACUGGGGCUUCCGGAUGCAGACGAUGAUGCGUUUGAAGAGUACAGUGCAGAUGUGGAAGAGGAGGAGCCCGAAGCAGACCACCACCAAAUGGGGGCUGAAAGAAUGACUUCUGCCACUGGGAUGAAGAAGCUUGACUAGCUUGCUCCAUUUGAAGGUAAACUGGAAUUUUAUACAUAGAGGCUUAAAAGCUCAAUUUACAUAUGUUUGCAAAUGGAACGGACAUUAAUAUAAAAUGUAUUUUAUGAAAAAGCGUUUAGGCUUUGACCAAAUGCAUUUUGGUAUUAUUAUGUUAAUGUUCUAUUUAUAAAGAUUGAACUGAGAUCAACUCAGCCAUUCAGUGGGCUGAGGAGAAAUCUCGUCUUUUUUCUGCCCCAGGGGUUGAGGAUAACAGUACCGUGUGUUGCUUACUUUCAUGGCAAAACCCCAGAAGGCAUUAGCAAAUCGCACCGUUUCCUCCAAAACUUCCUUGUUUUCUGACGGUGCACCGCCCCGGCUGCCCUUGCUGCGGCACAUGCCCGUGCCCGCGCUCCCUCGCACCGGCCGUGGGUUCGCUGUUCGGCUUGUGUGCGGCCUUAAAGCUCGCCUGGCGCAGAGCUUCCCCCCUCCCAUGGGCAGUGAGGCGGGCAGCCGGCAGCCGGCGUUGUUUGGGAAGAGGUUCCGUGGUUUGACAAAUUCCUGACUUUCACAAACAGAUAAACACUUACAAAGAGGCAGUGUGGUGCGGUAGGAAGAGCAUGGCCCCGGGAGUUGGGAGAGAGACUUGGGUUCCAGCCCUGGCUCUACCAGGGACUGCGUGACCUUGGGCAAGUCCCCCAGCUCCCCUGAAACAAGGGCUGUUUGCCCUUCCUGCUUUCACCACUGUCGUUCCAUACCUGCCUUAUGGUGUGUGUGUACUAAGAGCAACAGUCAAGGAAACUUUUAGGGAAAGGAGAAGGAAAUACGUUUUGAAUCUUGCCGGGAGGCAGUCCUGAGCGUGCUGGCCACAGGACUACCUUAGAAUAUGUUUCUGCUGGUCUGUGAGUGUCCGGACCCCCUCGAGCCUGAUCCUGAGGGGCUGAUGACUUCCGGUUCCUUAGGCGGAGGACAAUGUCAGGCCUCAGAGAUGCAGAGGCAGACUUGUCGCAGAGGUGCAGGCUCUGUCUGCUGAAGGCGUGGCUUUCCCUUGUGCCCCGACAGACUGCGGCUUUGGAAGUGGAGUGAGUUUGCAUGAAGAAGAGCUGGGAGAGAGUGAAAGAGGAGUACUUUGACUUUCUGUCAUGUCAUCCAGGAGAGAGAACGAGGAGUGAAAGAGAGAGACUGUGUGUGUGCGCGUGAGCGUGUGAGUGUGUGUGAACGUUGGGGGGAGGGGGAUGACUGAUGGCCUGUUGAUCCCUGUGGGCCAGCCGUGAAGUCCUGCCUGUGAUAACCUUACCAAACCUUGAUCCUGGGUUUGAGUGAAUCACAGAGACAUUUUUCUUAUGGCCGCCUAGUCACUGGCUCUGCCUGAGAGUCAUACUGAGCACACUUUGGGGAACCGGAGGAUGAGUUAGGGAGCGAGGUGGGACCCCACACGACACCCGCCACCACUCCGGCUCUGUUACACUCACGUCUCCCAGGCUCGUAGCAGUACGUAGGACUUUGGGUUUUUUUCUUUUUUUUAUAUGACUAGAACAUGAGAAGUCUCAUAUUUAGAAAUUUUCCCUGUGUCCUGGUGCCAGAAUUAGGUUUCCGGGGUCCUUAAGUGAAAAAUUUCUCUCCUCUCAUGGCUACUGUCAUUUUUCACAUACAAAUGGAAACUUUUCCUCCAGCACAGCGACAUCUCUAAAGAUUGUGUCUGUCUCAUAAGAGCACAAAGUGUGUGGACCUCGGGGAGCUAUGCUUCCAGAGCAUCGCUGGAAUUUAUAUUUUAGAAAUCUACCUUGCAUAUUAAAAUUCACAAGUUGGGAAACUGAUAUGAACAAAUCUGAUUUCCCACGGUUCAAGAGGCAGGAAUAGGAAUAGGCAGGACUUACUCUGGGGUGGGAGGAGAUGAGAAAGGGAGAAUGGGAGAGUUAGGGUCUAAUUCUUUUAAAAAAGAGAGGGAAAAAAAGAAGCCGGAAGACAGGUAUUAUGUACGCGACAGGAGAACUGUUUUCACGGCUGUUCCGCUAGGAGCUGGCUUUCCUCAAAGGGGCUGCCUGCACGUUGAGAGGCAAGGCCCGUGUUGGGGAUGGAUUUGUGGCUCUACAGAUGCCCCACAGCCAAGGACACAGCAGGUGUCCCGCAAAUCUGGUGUGGUUUCCCUCAGUAAACCCGCUGUCGGCCAGAGAAGCCCGUCUUUCCCAAGUGCGACCACAUCUGCGGGCUCCAAUCACCUGGCAGGUGGCAGGUGAACCAGACUUGAUCUUGCUUUCAGUGUGGUUGAGGCCAUGGGUCAGGAAUGCCCUCGGGGGCUGGGCGGCAGAGCCCGCCUACUCCACUUGCUUCAGGGCUGUAGAAAGAGCACAGUUAAAACUCAAGUGGAUCACAGAUCCCUCUUCCCUAUAGCGACUGUCAACCCCAAAGAGGGGCUCUGCCUGCUAGUCUUCAGAUUACCAGAGAAGCCUAACAUUUUUAUUUUUUAUUUUUUUUUUGAAUGAAACAUGAAUCCUCUUCCACAAAGAGCCAAUUAGUUAUCUUGGUUUUGUGACACCAGGUAUGACCUGAAAGGCUGCAGUCUUUUAGAUGUUAUUUAGAACAUCUACAACUUGCCGGGAUGCCCGUAGCCUCUGGUGUCCAUGGCAACGUGGGGUCCGUGGUAAAUAUCUAUAGCUCCCGUCCCCCUGGGUAAAUCGUUAAAUAAGAUGGUGUCGUUGAUAUUUUUAUUUAAAUUUGUAUUACAAAAAUAGAGGACCCAUGAGCAUCACAUGUUAGAAGCCUCAUUUACGGCAUUGUGUGGCUGAAUAGACCCAAGCCGUUGAAGGCAAGCGCCAAGCCUCAUCAAAAUAAACACUUCAUUUACUAAGAACUGUAUUCAAGUGAUUCAGGCCCACCGAGAAAGCAGAUAGUCUGUUCUUUGCACAACUGCCUUUCCCUGGUUCUUUCUUUUGUUUUUGUUUCUUAAGAGUCAUUUUUUACAUUUUUUACUCUGAGUACCUUCUGAUAGCCAGGCAGAUAAAGACGCAGCAGUCCUGCGUACACACGUCACCUUUCUAGAGGAGAAAGCAAAUUGUCAGUUCUUGGGAAAAUUGGAAACGAUCUGUGAGCCAGCCUUCGUUUGUGUAUGAGAGCAGAGUUGAGCCAUCCAUGUGAGAAGCAGAAUCAAGGAACAGUUUUGGGGUUCUUUUUCCUUAGGCAAAAAUGUUUCAUGCAGGGUGUGGAUGUUUUCUUUGCCUUUAUAUUUCCUUUCCAAGAAAUCUCUUGUAAAUGACAAAACUGUGAAAUGGGUUGCCAAAAAAAUUGUUGCCCUUUGUUUUAGAUGCCUCAAACAGUGUAAAUCCUAAACUGAAUCCUGUCCACAUCUGCUCCAUCCUCCCUCCCCAGAGAGUGAGGAUCUCAUCCACCAAUGUAAUUACCAUACGCUUGCUAUUAAAGAGCCUUCCAAACUCUGGU